AUGGAAGUGGGAGGCAUCUCCGCUCGCGCGCGGACCGACUCCAUCCCCGAUCCGCAGCAGCGCAGAGAAACCCCCCAGCUCCACGGCAUGCCGGACGGACAGUGCGACGGCUCCUCCAAAGUCCUGCUGGCUUACAAACACGCGUCGCAGCACCUGAACUCGUCCGGAAUCAAAGCGGGCUUGGGGAUCCUCAAAGUGGCCACGUCUCAGUGGAAACAGGACAAGAAGGCGCGUUCAGGCGCAGCCGUGACGCAGCUGCCUUCUGCCAACAGCAGCCACCCGUGCAAAAGAUCCCCGCUGGAUCAGCUGGCAGCUUUAGUUCUCCACGGUCAGACCAGGACGCGCAGACUUGGUCAACAGGAUCCACUUUACUCGACCAAGCCGCAGAACUGUAAGCGCAUGGUGGUUCUCGGUGCGCCGCGGGUUGGAAAGACCUCCAUCCUGAGGAGGUACCUCCGGGACGGCUUUGUAGAGGAGUACAAUCCAACCUCAGAAGAUUUCCUCAGGAAACUGUUCCGCAUCCGCGGGGAGACCUACCAAAUAGACAUCCUUGAUGCGUCCAGAGAGAGGGACUUCCCAGCCAAGCGGCGUCUGUCUAUUCUCACUGGAGACAUCUUUCUCCUCGUGUUCAGCCUCGAUGACAGGAGCUCCUUCGAAGAGGUGUGCGCCCUGAGAGCUGAGAUUUUAGCUGCUAAAUCCAAGCUCACCAAGUCCCCGGUGCCAGAGCAGUGCGGGCCGCAGCGGGUUCCGCUGGUGGUGUGCGCCAACAAGGUGGACCUCCUGGAACCCGAGAGACAGAUCACCCAAGCCGAGGUGCUCCAAGCGCUCGGAGAUGACUGUGUUUAUUUCGAGACCUCUGCAAAGGACAGCACUAAUCUGGAGAAACUCUUCGAGGCUUUGGCGAAGCGAGGGGGUCUUCCGACGGAGACGGGCCCGUCCCAGCACCGCAAGGUGUCCCUGCGCUCCUACCAGGCCAUGCGGACGGAGCGUGCGGCGUGGAAUGGGAGGCAGGUGGCGGGGCGAGACGACCCCUGCGGGACCCUGUACCCACUGGCACGUCGGCCCAGCUUCACCACGGAUCUCAGACAAGUCACCGGACCUCUAACUGCAAGCAAGACCGGCAAAGGACUGGAGAAGUGCCACGUACAGUGA